CCCAACCAUGGACGAAGAAGAAGAAGCCCCCCAAGCAAUGUUGCCAUCACACAAUUCUCCAUACCUCUUAGAACCCUUAUUGCUUCCAUCCACCUCAAUGUACCCAUCUCACCAAUUUCCCCAACGAAUGGUUCAACCGGAUAUAGACUGGAUUAGCCUUCUCUCCAGUACUACUAAUACUUCAAUUGGAUUUGGAGAACAAACACCAGCAGUGGUCUCUGCAUCAUCAUCAUCAGUUGAUGGUGGUCAAGGUGAAGAAGAGAAUAAUAAAGGAAGUAAAGAUAAGGGAAAGUUGAGCAGGAUGACUAGGAAAGCAACUCGUCCGAGGUUUGCCUUCCAGACAAGGAGUGCUGAUGAUAUACUUGAUGAUGGGUAUAGGUGGAGGAAAUAUGGACAGAAAGCUGUGAAGAAUAGCAUCUAUCCCAGAAGCUACUACCGCUGCACGCACCAUACAUGCAAUGUGAAGAAGCAGGUUCAAAGGCUAUCCAAGGACACAAGCAUCGUUGUGACAACAUAUGAAGGCGUUCACAAUCAUCCAUGUGAGAAACUAAUGGAGCGUUUGAGCCCUCUUUUGAAGCAGAUGCAAUUCCUAACAAGAUUUUAAGCCAAACUUGG